AUGUCCGACAACGAAGCCACCAAAGCCGCAUCCGCCAACCGCUGGACCGACCGCCAACGCCUAGCAUACUUCUUCAACCUCGUCGACUACUCCAACGUCAAGCUCGACUAUGCCAACGCCCCGCGCCCGGACACGAAAUCCGAGGGCGCAUGCCGUAUCAUGGUACAGCGUCUCAAGGGCACCUUGAAGGAUGAGCUUGAAGUCUUGAACGCUGGGGUCUCGGGGGUGAAUCCUAAUAAAGAGGGUGGUGGAGGUGGUGGUGGUGGUGGUGCUUCUGGUGCUGGUACGCCGAAGAAGAUGGUAGCUGCUGCCGGUGGUACAGAUACAGGGACAGGGACACCGCGCAAGCGCAAGGCCAAGGGCAGUGCGGAGGGCGAAACGACGCCGGUGGCGAAGCGGGGACGCAAGAAGAAGGGUGGGGAGGUUGCUGUUGGGGAAGAAGGGGAGAUGAAGGUCAAGGAGGAGGUUGAGGAGGAUGGUGGUGAGGCUUAG